AUGGCAACGGAACUAAUCAACAAUGCGACAGAGCAAAGAUCUAUAUUUUAUAACACUGUUCAUGUUUGUCAACGCUACAAAUGGGAUUGCGGAAUUACAUGCGUUCUGAUGGUGAUUUCUGAAAGGGACAGAACUUACUUCACAUCCAACUUUUCUAUGAUUUGUCGAAAGGAAGAAAUAAAUGAAAGCACAUGGACUAUAGAUCUUUGCUAUCUCUUAAAACGAUUUAACGUGAAACAUUGUAUGUACACUAAAAAAAUUGGCAUAAAUAGCCAACUCAACAGCAGCAUUAUAGUAACAGAGAAGGAUAUUCAAAGGGUACGCAAAAGACUCAAAGAUGCGUCAAGUCUUGGAGUGCGAAUGAUCGAGACUACACUUCCUACAGAGGAACUACUGAAUCACGUGAAACGGUGCGGUCCAGCGAUAGUGCUGGUGAAUGCGAGGCUUCUGGCCUGCGACUGGUGCAAGCGAAACAAGCUCGCUUCGGAACUGAGAAGUAUCUUGGGCGGUACAUACCAGGGCCACUACAUAACUGUGGUGGGUCGGUCCCAGACCAAGGUCCUGUACCUGGAUCCCGCCAGCCAUCACACCUGCGCCACAACAGCCAGGGGCUUAGACGCCGCCCGCAGCGCCCCCGGCACAGACCACGAUGUUAUCCUUGUCAAUAAAAUGUAAUCUAUAUAUAUAAAACUCAAAUGUGACUGACUGA